AUAUAUUUCAUCAUCCUGUGUUACACAUAUUAAAUAGAAAUAGAAAACAUUCGAUCGGUAUUUCAGAACUCGGAACACGAAGUAACGUAAAAUGUUAGGUUUAUCUCGUCUUUGACAAUAACUUUUACUUGAAAUGAAAGGUAUAUCGAUCACUAGCUCUCCGCUUGUUGCAUAAUCUUACUUUCUUCCCUGUGAUGCAAAGUAAAAUUAGGGCCAAUGUUUAAUCGUAUUUCUAAGAAUUAUUUUCCUGAAGCUCGGUUUCAGAGCAAUUACAUACUUACUCACUUUAGAAAAGUCAUAUGGUAUUAGUAAAGGUAAUCUUAAAAGUACUCUAGAUCGAUGAAACUGAAAAUAAAAGGCUCAAAGUGCUUAGAAUCAUUAAAACACGUUGUUUCAUCGUACUCCAAAAAUCCCCUGGUGUGUGAAAAUAUCUAAUAAAUAGAAAGAAUUUCUUUUCCUCGAAUUAAAUCUUUUGAUAUUCUUCAGGAUGUAACGUUCAAUAGGAUACGUUCGCGAUCUAGUUGUUUCGUUAAGCAAAACGUAUUCUUAUGUUUUUUUUCUAUCACAUUAAGCAGAAAGCGAUUUAAAUGUUCCGCUAACCUCUUAUAACAAUCUGUUCAUGUAAAAUAAGCAGAACGUUUCCCAUGGAUUCGAUAUGCUAAACAACGACGGCAGGACAUUGGGGAUCAUUGAAGUGAAACCACCCAGCGCUUUAUCUUCUUCUGCAGAUCGUUCGAUUAACGGAGACGAGGAAAUCGUCGGGAGAACCGAAAGCAGUUCCGGAGGAAGUUCCCCAUCCGAUCUGAAAAAGCGUCUUCAGCAUCAUCCCUCUCGGAACGAAGCAACGCGUCUUGCUAAUCGCGUGAUCAACAUCAGUCGUCGCCUGUCGCGAAAUCGAGACUUUUACCUUCACGGUGCAACCAGUCGAAUCGAGGAGAACGUUGAAAAGGAAGAAAGAGAAGAGCAAGAGACGGUAUCCUCCAAGAAAUCUCACAGCGAUUUCAAAGCAAAGGACGCUCGAGCUCGCAGAAGAGCGAAGAUUCGUUCGGACCACGAUAAAGAAAGAAUGAUGGUCAUCUCGAAACCCAGUGAAACUGGCACUUCUGACUUAAGAAACGAAACGAGCAACAGCCAGAGAUCCAACAGAAGCUCGUUAAUCGAACGUAAGAUCGAGGAAGUUUCGGAAGAAAGUUCCGAUCUACGGUUGCCAUUAGGAGUGGAAAUAUUAAGCAACAAUGCUGAACGAUACUCGUCGUUAUCGGCGAGAUCGCCAAGCACCUUUGGUCUGUAUCGUAACCAAGACGAGGCAACUAACGAUUCGUCCAGGUCUCAACGAAACUAUCUUCGCAUUUACUCCGAUACGUCUUGCGAAGAUUCGUCGAAAGCUAGGAUCGAUUUACAGCCUACUUCUCCAGCUUCUGUAAAAAGCUCAUCGCAUAAUAGGUACAGAGCUUGCCGCGGAGUGAUCCUGCAGAAUCUGAGUUCCGGUAGCGAGGCAGAAUCCAAUUGCGAGGUUAUGUCUGACAGAAUUGCUCCCGAUGAGAAUACGGAACGUUCCGCGACUAUCAGAGCCGAGCAAACUAAUAUUCCCUCGGGUUUAUGUGCGAACGAUUCUACGAUUCGAAAUUUAAACAAUACACCUGCUAUAUCUCUGUCCUCGAGAAGAUCGUCCAACCAUACUCUGUGCAAUUCUUCGAGAAGCAAUCUCGAAGAUAUCGUCGCAUCUCCUGUUCCGAGAGUAGAUUUCACCGAGAAGAAAUUUUGCCAAAGUUUAAACAGUCCUCUAACACCCGCGUCCUUGUCUUCCGCGAGAAAAAUAACGCGUGAAAGAUCGUUUUACAGGAUUUUAGAUAGUUCGAGAAGCGACUGUACUCACAACGCGAAAAGCACGUUAAAGCAGCUCGUGGAAGAGCCGCUAUUCUUCUCUGAUAGAGAGGGAAUUCGAGACUGUAAUAGAAAGGACUCGGAAUCUUCGUCGUCUUUGCUCGCUACGCCACCUUGCAGCGUGAUUUCUCCACGUAUUCUCGACACUCGAAUUUCCAAAAACGUGUCGCACCGUAAUGUAAUCAAUCUCAAGAGGAAUGCUCAUAACGAAGAUAUCUUUGAUCAUCAGGAACGAGAAAUACCUACAAACGAAUAUUCCUAUUCCUCGAACUCCAUUGUCCGCGAAAAUCAGAGUUUUGCUUCGACUCCGACAGGCAUUCGCUUACCAGAAACUAUUCCAGAAAGUCCAACGUUUGAAUGUUCUCCAAGUAACAACUCGGAUCCGUGUCUCUCGAAUACAGCAAAUACAAACGCCCUAAAGGAAGCGAUAUCUAAAUGUAUCUUAAACUACGAUGGCAACAACGAUAUGAAAAUUACUCAGUUGCGAAGCUUCACGUCGGCGUUGCAAUUUCAGACAUGUCCCAGCGAAAAUCGGAGUGCAGCUUCGACUUUCAGGGAAUCCUUUAUCGGUGAUUCCACGAAAUCGGUCGAAGAGAAUCUGUAUUCGUCGGAGUCUAGCAGGAACGACGAAGAAGCACGCGAUCAGCACUCGAAAAAUAUUAUCAGCGACAAGGAAUUCGUGCACGUUCCCACUUUGGUUCUAAAUUCGCGCGAGGUAUCCUACUCUUCGUCACCAGCCAGCAAACCUUGCUCGGAGAAGCGCUUAGACGCGGACACUUUGAUCAUGGCACUGUCGAACGCCGCUUUGAAGCAACAGGCAACGAAGGAAAACUCCGAGAAUACCUGUAGCGAGUCCUGCAUCGACAGCAAGACCUUUUCCAGGCCGGGGUCAUCCGAGAACGAUUUAACGAUGGACACGCGUUUAGGAUCGAGAUCGAUUAAGUCUGACGAGAAUCAAAGUAAAGCUGCAACACCCAGAACGUGUUGCAGGUCGUCCCUCAGCACGAGGUCCAGGAUACCUGUGAAGAUUCGUAGCGACAGAAGUAGACCGUCGGUCUCGAAGUUGAACGAAACUGAGACACGAGUAAUUAGUCGUGCGAUAAGUCCGACUGCAGAAACUCACCGAUUUGGAUCUGACAGAAGCAGCAACGUUCCCAAAUCGGACGGAAGUGCACAGUUUAUGAAAAAUCACACGACAACCGAUGUCGGAGUGCACGCUGAAGUUAUGCUUGGAUUUGCCAUAGCAGACACGAAUUCGAAGGAACACGAGAGAUACUGUGACAGGAAGUCUAUCGACGUUGAGUCAGAAAAUGUGAACAUGUCGGAUCUGCUAAUGAAAGACGUUCAGUCGAGGACUUCUUUGUCUUUUCAAAUGGAAAUAGACUACGAUGGAGGUAAAGAAGAGGCAGAGAUAAAGAACGGGGAUGCAUCUUGCGCUAAUCGUCUCACGGAAGGCACCGACACAUCUUCUUCGACAUCUAGAUCCUCGAAUCGUUCCUCGAACUGGAAAAAGUCUGAAAGAAGCAAGGAGCAGAAUAGCCUGAACCAGAGUUCGUCCUCGGAGAGCGAAUCGGAGAAUUGUUCGCGUUGUUGCGAUAUGAGAGAAGCUGUAGCGAGAUCCGGGGAACACGAGCAACGCGAGAAACUCGACAGUUUCCGUUCAAGAAUUUCGAGAACCUCGCGAACUUCGGUAGGGGGUUAUCGAAGCAAACGCGAGAAUAACAGCUACGAGGGAGAAAUUUUGGAAGAAACGACGGAAGAGAGGAAGAAUUUGUUGGAGAAUCAAAUAGGCGACGGUGGUUACCAAGACAUAUCGAUGGAGGAUUCGCAUAAGCUACAGUUGCAGCGCGCAUCGUCACCAGAGGACGAUGAAUCGGUGAGAGGCAAAAGAGCGAUGGAGAAUCGCGACAAGCUUCGAUUUUCUCUGGAAAAACUGGCAGCUGAUCAGUUUCGCAGGAAUAUCAGCCUGGAACAGGCUAAAACCAUUCAGUCAGACACAGCUACGUUCUUCGCGGAGAAAUUCUAUGAAAUUCCACAGUUUUCUCUCGCUUGUUCUUCCUCCGCGUCAAAGCUGCGACGCGACAAAUCGAGAGACUCGCCGCGAGUCAAGAAGAAGAGCCAGGACAGAUUUCCUUUCACGAUUUCGGAAAAAACAAGUAUCGCCUCGAUGAAGUUCAAGGUCCCCGGCCGACUGGGCAACUUCGACGAAGACGAGGAAGACAGGAGCUACAGACUAGACAUGCAUCCGAGCAUAACUAGAUUGGCCGGUUCUGGGUUCGAGGAUUCACCCGCGGAGAUCAUUAGUUACGUGGCGCGGACCGAGCUGGAGGAUCGUUACGUUAAGUCGUCGGGGAUGAAGGGAUUGGUGCAGAAAUUUUCAGCUAGGUGGAAGAAGCCGAAGAAGCACGACGAUAGGACCGAGUCGAGCGCGAAAGCGACUAACGUCAUUUAUGAAAACAGGGAUUAUCGGGAAGAAUGCGAGAGUUCGAUGGAGAGUUGCUCGGAAUCGUCUUUGCUACGAGAGUUCAAAGUAUACAGGAGUUUCGAGGAGAAGACGAGUAAAGCCGCCCUGAAUUCGGACUCUCCGGAUGAAAAGUCCUCGAUAAUAUGCUCGAAAGAUGCACGCAACGGGGAAAGUUGGAAAAACACGUGGUCGACGAACAUGGAAAACCCUUGUAGACGUUACGAUCGCGAUGAUAUGUGGGUUCAGGCGUUCAAAGACUUGGAUUCCGAUCGCGACGAGGGGACGAAGGAUGUAGAAACGUCGAAGGAAAUGGACGAGUCUAAAUCGAAGGAUCCCUAUUCGGUAUUCUUCGUUAAAAGCACGCGAGAAGCACCGGAAACUUCUGCCAGGCCGUUUCUCCAGAAGGAUGAGAAGAGGAGGCACGUUCCCGCGGAAAAGCAGAAGAAUCGUGUUAAAUUUCGUGGCACUUCUUUGGUCGUAACGCCGAAACGAUCAGACGAAACGGUGUGCAAGGAAUCCAUUAGGAACAGAGGCUCCGAACGUGUGAGAAAGAAUAGGAAAAACAUGCAGAGUGGAUGCUUUUGUUUAAGAUUCUAUCGAAUGAUCGUACCGAUCUCGUUUACGUCGAUUUUCAAAUAUCGCUCACGAAUAAAUAAUUCAUCGUCGAUAAAGAAGAGACCUCGUAUCUCGUUGCAGAAAAAGAAGGGUUGAC